UUCCACCUCCGUAGGUUAAAGCCUGGGCGCUGUGAAGGCCUGUCAGAUAAAAAUAUUGAAUUAAUGAUGGCUGUUCAUUAAAAUGAGCGGUUAAACAGCCGUGGCCUUGCUUUUGACAAAGGUGACAUACAAGGCGGGAAACUCUUAGAGGAUUUCGAACCAUUAAACUCUCUCCAGUGAAACGAUUGAAAUACUUACACAGUGCAAAAGCGCAAACAGCGACGACAACCAGGGAGUUCAUUGUGGGUUGUUGAUCUUUCUUUUUCAGCCGAAUUGCAUAGCUAUCGGCAAAUUACCUAACACGCAUAAUCCGUCUACUACGGCAGUACAAAAAGGGAGAACAGGCGAACUAUCGCCAGUCCAGUGAAUUUACUAACGAAGACUCAGUUUCCAGCACCGAAGAUGAAAUUCCAGAUCGCAGUUAUCGCCUGUAUGAUGGCUUUGUGCCUUCAGAAUGCUAUGGCUCAAAGUUACGCAGGUGGUACAUGUGACUUUUCCACAAGUGGUGUCGCUGCCUGUACCUCCACAUCUAACGGAUUCUGCGCACUCGACACCUUCACAACCACCGGUUCUCCCCUGACAGCUGCGGCUGCCACCGGAAAGUGCAUCUGUUACGCCGGGUACAGCGGCUCCACAUGCGGAACUUUCACAACUCCAUCUACCACUACCACUGCUGCUACCAACAACGCUCUUGGAGUUCUCGCCGUCGGUGCUCUGGCCGCCUACUUCCUGUCUGGAGCCGGAAGCAGCGGUUCCGGAUUUGGCGGAAAUGGUGACCUUACCGGAACUGACCUUUUAUACCUUCAGCAGGCCCAGCAAGUUCAGGGUUAAACUUUCUCUGUCGUAGGUUGUCUUGGCUUUCUUCGAUUUUCCAUCUACGACUGAAUUUGUAGAUAAUCAAGGAAUAAGAACGAAAUCGCCAUGUUUGCUGUUCUCAUUGUUGCUGCCUCGACUCUUCUCAGAUGAAAAUUACGUUUCUUCUCAGAUUAAAAGUCUCUUAUGAUUUUAAAAUCGGUGCAAAAUUGCGGUCGCAUUUCGAAUAUAUUACUGAAGUUUGUACAUGUUAAGAUAAUUGUGUUAAAUCUCUUUAUAAACAAAGGAAAGUGUAUCAUGUUUAUCAUUACUUGUAAAUGUUUUAGAUAUUACAAAUAUGCAGUGAAAAAAUCAGAUAUAUAAUAUCUAUCCUAGAGG